AUGAGGAGGCUGCGGAGGAGGGGAUGCAGGGCAGGAGUAGUUGGCCUUGAGAUGGGCAGGGGCCGAGGCAGGGGGAGGGGGAGGGGCAAGGGCUCCAGUGUUCAGCUGCGGCCGCCUUCCCCCUAUAGACUGCAGCUAUCUCCAUCUAGAGAAACUUUGACCUAUGCUCAGGCCCAGAAGAUGGUGGAGGUGGACCUGGAUGGAAGGCUUCACAGGAUCAACAUCACUGACCCUCUCCCAGUCAUCACAGAGGAUGAGAUGAUGGCUCAGGACAUUGUUGAGUGCAACAGUAACAAAGAGAACAGCGAACAAACCCAGAGCAGAGCCAGACCAGGGCGUAAACCUCCCAACCCAAAGGGCCGCAGGAGGGAAAGCAAAACCUCAUCUCACCAGAGCCGACGUUCUGGCAGUCAGCAGCACACUCAAAGCCACACCAAUUCCUCCCAACACCCUUCCCACCAAAGCCCUCUCCCCGAGCCCACCUUCCGUGUGCUUGACUGCCCGUGUCCUUUAGACACACCUCCCCUCCCUGUGGCCUACUACCGUUUCGUAGAGAAGUCAGGGGAGGAGCAGGACUGUGAGGCAGAGUACGACAUGGAUGAGGAGGACCUGGCCUGGCUGGAGAUGGUCAACCAGAAGAGGGUAUCUGAUGGCCACGCGUCCGUCUCCCCAGACACCUUUGAGCUGCUGAUCGACCGUCUGGAGAGGGAGUCCAUCCUGGAGUCACGGAGCCAGGCCCUGUCCCAGAGUGCCAUGGAUGAGGACGCCUUCUGCUGCGUCUGCCUGGACGACGAGUGUCUCAACAGCAACGUCAUCCUAUUCUGUGACAUCUGCAACCUGGCCGUCCACCAGGAGUGUUACGGCGUGCCCUAUAUCCCUGAGGGCCAGUGGCUGUGCCGCUGCUGUCUGCAGUCCCCCUCGCGCCCUGUGGACUGUGUGCUCUGUCCCAACCGGGGAGGUGCCUUCAAACAGACUAGUGAUGGACGCUGGGCCCACGUUGUCUGUGCCAUAUGGAUCCCAGAGGUGUGCUUUGCCAACACGGUAUUCCUGGAGCCAGUGGAGGGGGUGAAGAACAUCCCCUCAGCCCGCUGGAAGCUCACCUGCUACCUGUGCAAGCAGAAAGGCAGGGGCGCGUCCAUCCAGUGCCACAAGGCCAACUGCUACCGGGCCUUCCAUGUCAGCUGUGCCCAGAAAGCUGGCCUCUUCAUGAAGAUCGACCCGGUCCGGGAGACUGGGGUCAACGGAACCACCUUCUCUGUGAAGAAGACUGCCUUCUGUGAGAAUCACUCCCCAGUCGGGUCACGGCGAGAUGGGUCAGGUGAUGAGGCGGUGGAGGGAAGGUUGGUAGGAGGCAGGGGGAACAGGGGUCAAAGGUCAUACACUCAGAGCCCCCCGGCACCGCCCAGUAAAAAGACUCCCAAAGGCCAGAAGAAGAAAGGAAAGAAGAGCCUUGCUGGUCAGACGACCCGCCGUGCCGCUGUGCCUGUGCUGCUGGUGCCUCAGAUCCCCUCUCACAGGUCCGACCUCACACACCCCUUCUCCUAACACACCACUUUCAGUAGCAUUGUUCUCCUUCUUACUAUAUUUGCUUGUAGUAAUCUCCAGUGUAGAAAGCAUAUUUUUAUGUAUUUAACAUGUUUAAUGUAACAGUAUAGCUGCCUUAUACCAACUGUUAAUACACAACCUAUACAGUGGAAGGAUGCCAAAAUAUGAAUAACAAAAGUUAUUGCUAUGUCGUAAACAGGCUGAACAAGAUUUGCAUUGGGGUUGCUGUCCAGAGGAAGAACCAGUUCAUGCAGAGGCUUCACAACUACUGGCUGCUGAAACGUCAGUCCCGAAAUGGCAUGCCUCUCAUCCGCCGCCUGCACUCCCAUCUGCAGGCUCAGAAGACUGCUGAGCAGGUCAGGAAGAUACGGGGAGGGAGAGGGAGACCUAAAGUCAAUUCUAGAUCUCAUGUUGAUGGUGAAAUGUUUAAUAGUUAUGCUGAAUGUGUGUGUGCAUGUGUUCAGAGGGAGCCAGAUGAGAAGCUUAGUGCGGCGAGGGAGGAGCUUCGUUACUGGCAGAAGUUGCGGCAGGACCUGGAGAGAGCCCGGCUCCUGGUGGAACUCGUCCGCAAGAGAGAGAGACUAAAGAGAGAGCAGGUACUGUUUCAGUAGGAGGACGCCGCCAUGUAAAAUGUCGACAUACUAUAUAAUCAUGAGUUACCAUCUGCAUAUACCUUACGAAAAUAAUUAACUUUUACAAUCACUGUAUCGUUCUUAUGUCUUUCCUUAAAUUACUCUGCACCCUUUCAUAUUCCCUCUUUCUCUCCCCCUCUCGCUUUCUCUCUCUCCCUCCAGAUGAAACUUCAGCAGGCUGCUCUGGAGCUGAAGUUGACCCCUGCGUUAAUACUGCUGCGUUCCACCCUGGACCAGCUUCAGGAGAAGGACACGGCACAGAUCUUCUCUCAACCUGUCAAUCUAGCAGAGGUUAGUAGGGUUAGAUAAAUGGGUUAGAUAAAUGGGUCACUUUUUGCAUUUAUUUAAAAUUCAGCCAGUAGUACUGCAGUUGUCACCUUCUUUUCAUAAAUAGUCUGUUAAUUUGUAUGUUUUUAAUUGAAGGUGCCGGACUAUCUGGAGUUCAUCUCCAAGCCCAUGGACUUAUCCAGCAUGCGUGCCAAACUGGAAGCCCAUGCUUACUGCUCCACAGCCGACCUGGAGGGGGACUUUAACCUCAUGGUGUCCAACUGCCUGAGGUACAACUCCAAGGAGACCGCGUUCCACCGAGCCGCCCUGCACCUACGGGAGGUGGGAGGAGCCGUCCUCCGCCACGCCCACAGACAGGCGCAGACCAUCGGGUUGGACCCCAGCACGGGCAUGCACCUCCCAGACUCUCCCAACAAGCAGGGCUUCUACCAAUGCACCUGGGAGGACGGUGAGCAGAGUACACCGGCUGGGUGGGCCUUGGAAUGGCUUUCGGUGAAAAAUCUGCCUUUCACAAUCGCAAACACAUAAGAAAAAUUUGAUUGAAUUUGUAUAGCGCUUUUCAUUGCAGAAAUACAUUGUUCUCGUCCUUCAUCUCGUCUACCUGUUCUGUCUCCUCUUUUACGGCCUUUGUGUUCUCCACAGUGGACUCCCUCCUGGAUCCAGACAACAGGCUCCACCUGUCCACAGAGGAGCAGCUGAAGGCUCUGCUGGAUAAGCUGGACAUGGUGGCAUCCAUGCGCUCCAGUGGAGGACGAACCAAACGCAUCCGGCUGCUGCGUAGAGAGAUCAACACGGUCACGCACAAACAGCAGCGCUCACUGUCGCACAAUGGGAAAGAAGAAGAUGAAGAAGAGGAGGAGGAGGGAAAGAAGGACAAUGUGGAGAACGGUCCUUUAACAUCAGCCUCUACUCCGGGGAAAGGUACAAGGGAUUUACUUUGCUUGUUCAUGGGCUUGUUGCUUUCCAACUCUACUAAUCUUUCUGGUAUGGAUGUGUUCGCUUAAUUAGCUAAUGAUUUGCUGUUGUGCAAUUCUGAUGUUCUUACCCUAACAAAGUGAAUGUGUGUUUCCUUGUUGUAGAUGACUCUCCACCAACACUAGAGCCUUCAUGCCCAGCGUCGUCCCCCCUGCCAGGCGAUGCCCCACCUGAGCCACCUGUACUGGGCCUAGUGGCCGCAGGGCGAAGGUCACCAGGACGCUCUUACAAGCGGCAGAGAUCCUCCCUGAGUGGGGGCAAAGGGCUGAGUGACGAUGAUGCUGAAGUUGGGGAGACAGCGACACCGUGCAAACAGAAGGAGGAUUCUCAAAAGGUCUCUCCUUUACAGGCUCCCAGUCCCCCCACUAACGCCUGUCCUUUGGUUGGAGUUGGCCGGCGCACAUCUGUUCUGUUCAAGAAAGCUAAAAAUGGAGCGAGACUGGCAAAGAUCAGAGCAGCUCAGUUACAGUAUGUAGGGACCAAUGAGGGUAAAACCAAUGGCUUGGACAGUUCCCUCACCAUUACAAACCCUCCCAGUGAGAGUGACCUCUCCACCCCUCCCCCCACACCCUCCUCACCGUCAUCCCACCGCCUGAGGUCCAGAGGGCCCAGCUCUGACAGCGAGGGAGACAAGCCCCUCCCCCUCGUCAAAGUGGAAGGUAGAUACGAAAAAUGUAAUUUACAUUUGCUCUGUCAUUUCAUUAAAGCUGUAGGCGAUGAGUAAUAACAUACUUGCUAUAAAGGAAACAAUGUCUUUACCCUUUUUAUUUGUGAGUUGCAUAAGGGAAGAGAGGGCAGAUAAUGAUGAUGACAUCCAGAAUGUGUAUUCUAGUAGGCUUUACAAAUGGGCUAGGAAAGCACCAAGAUGACUCCUCAGACCUAGCAUCCAACGACCAAAAACACAGGUGAGGAUCCCAAUGAACACCUGAUACCUCUGAAAUGUACUUUGAUUUCUAAGGUGGAAUAUGUUCAGAAAUAACAUCUCUCUUCCCUUGUCUGUCUACGGAUGAAGUGCCCCCCCGCCACCCAAACGCAGCCGUGGUAAACCAGCUUUGGCUAAAGUCCCAGAGAGCCAGAAUGGAGGCUCAGGUGACUGUGUUCAGGCACCACAGACCUUUGGGUCAGACAAAAGAGCUACAAUUUCAACUUCCAGUAAUUAAUGUAUUGGCAAAUAGAUGUAUACAUUAUAGUAAAUCCUGUCAAAUUCUGUAUAACAUUAUAGAAAAUAAUUUUCCCAUCUCAACCAUUUCCAUUUUUCCAGUUCAACAUCCCCCAUCUUUGUGUUUGUGCUCAGGGGGGAGUAUGCUUUUGCCCUUUGAUCGUGACACAGAGCUCACACCACUCGACCUGGUCUGGGCUAAGUGUCGUGGAUAUCCAUCCUAUCCAGCAAUGGUGAGAACAUGAAUUCAGUCACUUAUUCAUUGCAAUAAGAGGGUUGGCACAAGCACAAGCACAAGUUAGAACCCUCCUUUUAGAUGUAGUGUAUGAUGACCUCACCAGUCAUUGAGUGAGUUCGUUUUGCAUGGCUCGUUGCCCGUGGUGGGUGGAGUUUUCAUUUUACGAGCAAUGGAAUGGUCUAAAAUGUGCAAACUCUGCCCAACCGAUUCAAAACAAACUCGUCCAUUGUUGUACCACAGCGACUAACAGGGUACAUAAACUGCCAAUGGGUUUCCCCAGGUUGUUGACCCUGACAUGCCUCAGGAAGGGCUUCUUCACAAUGGCAUCCCCAUCCCCGUGCCUCCUGGGGACGUGCUCAAGCUGGGGGAGCGAAGGCAGAAGGAGACUGGGGAGAGGCACUACCUUGUGCUGUUCUUCGACACCAAAAGGACCUGGUAAGAAAUUCAAGACAAGUGUUCUGCUGAAUGUUGAGUCUCAUAUUAAUUAUCUGAGGCAGUUUUUUUGGAUAGUUGAUGUUUGUGUCUAUUGAUUGCUCCUAUUCUAUGUUUUUGUGUUCUUUUGAACCCUCUUUCUUCCUUUCAGGCAAUGGCUGCCACGGGACAAGUUGCUGCAAAUGGGGAUGGAUGACACGGUGGACAAACUGCGCCUGAUGGAGGGCAAGAAGCCUAGCGUCCGCAAGUCUGUACACACGGCAUACGACCGUGCCAUGGUACACCUGAACCACGUUAUCAACCACGUCAAGGGGAACCUCAGUUUCAACCCCUCCAAUUUUAUAUGAAGGAUUUUAGUGUCAGUCAGCAAAUCCACUGCAAACUGUCUGGCUAGGAGCGAUCAAACCCUCACCAAUAACAAAAAGCAUAAGUGAGAAAAGAACAACAUUCUCUUCAUUAAUUUACUAGAAGGUGGACAUGGAAUUUGAGUGGUUCGAUAUACAGUUUCUUAAAUAAUUCACUUUCUUCUCAAAUAAUUUGAAAUUGAAAAAAAAAAAGUUUGAUCUCCACACGUUCCUAUUGGUUUGUCAACAUUGCCGUACACCAUUUUUUUAAGGGGGGAAACUUAAGCUAACAAUUCUAAUUCAGAAAAUAAAAGCAAAUGGCAUGGACAACAUUAUUGGCAGGAGCUAAUAGUUGGUUGCCCAGCCUUUGGCUAAGUUAACGGCAAAAUAAUUAGCUUGCUGCACCAUUCUACUGGCAAUUUGGCCCACUCUUCAGCUGCAGACUGCUCAAUUUCUUCAAUGUUUGAGUGGUGCCUUCCACCAACUGCUGUUUUCCGAUCUCGCGAUAGGUUUUUGAUGGGAUUCAGUUCUGGACUUAUCGUUGGCCACUCCAGAACAUUCCAGUGCUUAUUCUUGAACCAUUUCUGGGGGCUUUUUGAUGUGUGUUUGGGUUGUUGUCCUGCUGGAAGGCCCACAACCUUCAACAGAGACCUAGUUUUUGGACACUGGGUUGAAUAUCGUACUCAAACACCUGAUAAUCUUCUGAUUUGAUGAUGUCUUGUAUACAUUCAAGGACCCCAGAGGCAGCAAAGCAACCCCAGGCUUUUUAUUUUUAUUUUUAAAGUUCAAUGGAGCUUUCUUGUCUCUUUCAGCAGUGGGGUCUUCCUAUGUUUACCGAUGACCAAAUUAAGCAUUCAAAGAAAAGAACACCCUCACUAGAAUCAAACGUGGGGAAGGUUCGAUAAUGCUGUGGGGUUGCUUUGCUGCCUCUGGUAUGUGGGGCCUUGAACGUUUGCAAGGUGUUUUGGAGUACGAUGUUCAACCCAGUGUCCAAAAACUGGGUCUCUGUUGAAGGUUGUGGGUCUUCCAGCAGGACAACAACCCAAACACACAUCAAAAAGCACUCAGGAAUGGUUCAAGAAUAAGCAUUGGAAUGUUCUGGAGUGGCCAGUGAUAAGUCCAGAUCAAAAACCUAUGGCGAGAUCUGAAAACAGCAGUUAGUGGAAAGCACCACUCAAACAUGAAAGAAUUGGAGCAGUUUGCAGCUGAAGAGUGGGCCAUAUUGCAAUUAGAAAGGUGCAGCAAGCUCAUUAAUGUAAUUUUUUUUGCAGUCAACUUGGCCAAAGGCUGUGCAACCAAGUAUUAGCUCCUGGGUGCCAAUAAUGUUGUCCAUAGUAUUUUGCUUUUAUAUUCUAAAUCAAAAUGUUUAACUUAAGUUUCCGCCCAAUGUUGACAAUCCAAUAACGUUUGGAGACCAACAUUUUCUUUGGUAAUUUCAGUUUAUUUUAGAAGAAAUAGAGAAUUCUUUAAGAAAAGUGCAAGGGUGCCAAUAUAUUUGGGUGCAGCUACCUAAAUGAGUGAUGGUCUGGUUGACUCUGACCUUUAGGUUGAAUGUUAUCAUUUUGGAAUUUGGGGGAAAUGUGAAAGGAGGAGUUUCCUAAUGUUCCUUUUUUUGUGAUAAAAUGUGAUUAUUCAUUGUGAUUACUUUUUAGUACUUUACACAACCACUCUGUUGCAAUGAGUUUAGUAAUAAUAUAACAUUUGUUUUAGCCCAAAGUGAAUCAAGACAAAGAAAGUAAUUGUAUAUAUUUUAUCCUCAAAAGGGAUUUGCUUGAUUCAAAGCAUAUUCAGAUUGUAUUUGUCAUUGAAAUACCAUGCUUCUUAUACAUUUUUACACAUUGACGCUAUUUCGGUUUUUAUUUCUUUUUUAUAUGAAAUGGUGAUGGUGUGCUUGUUGCAGCUAUUUGAUGGAACAACAGGACUUUUGAAUGUCUAGUCAUGACAUAAGAAAUGGGUCACUGCAACCACUUUUCAAUAAGGUCAAUAACUUGGGAUUCCAGUCAGUGGCAAGAUGUUAUUUGCAAACCCUCCAAUGACUUGAAAAGCACAAUGUUAGUUUGAAAUGGUUUGUAGAUUGAGCUCUGAAGCCAUAGGUAUGAAAAAAAAUGGUAAAAACUUGGUUAUGUGCAUAUGCACAUAUUUUUGUAUAUAUGUAAAUGUCUGUGUUUAUAAUACACUAAGUAAUUUAAGGAAUGCAAAAAAAAUCAAAAUAUUAGAUUUUAAUUUAUAUUGUGACAAUAAUUGAGUCUGUUAUUUAAA